AUGUCUGAAGACACACAAGGCUCUGGGGCCGAAAAGCCUAAGAAGUCCUUGAUUCUAAAUGCUUUUGUUGAGAUGUGCAGCGGGCACCAGUCCCCUGGUCUCUGGCGACACCCAGAAGAUGAAUCCCAUCGAUUCAAUGAUGUAGACCACUGGAUUGAGCUUGCGCAAUUGCUCGAGUCGGCCAAGUUCCACGGUAUUUUUAUCGCGGAUGUUCUCGGUGGUUAUGAUGUUUAUAAGGGUCCCCGAAACUUGGAUCCUGCAGUUGUCUCAGGGGCACAGUGGCCAGUCAAUGAGCCUUUGGCAGUUGUGCCUGCAAUGGCUGCCGCCACCAAAACCAUUGGGUUUGGAGUUACAGUAACCACAACAUAUGAGCAGCCCUACCAUCUCGCAAGGCGACUUUCAACGGUUGACCACCUUACCAAGGGACGACUCGGAUGGAAUGUCGUAACGGGCUAUCUGGACUCCGCUGCCAGGAACAUGGGUCAGGCAGAGCAGCCACAUCACGACGAUCGAUACGCCGUGGCAGAAGAGUAUGUCAAAGUGACCUAUAAGCUCUGGGAAUCAUCCUGGCGCCAAGAUGCCAUUGUUCGUGAUCGCGAGCGCGGUGUCUACACUGAAACAGAUCGCGUGCGACAGAUCAAUCACUCUGGAAAGUAUUUCAAUGUACCGGGCCCUCAUCUCACUCAGCCGAGUCCCCAGCGUACGCCGGUCAUCUUGCAAGCCGGGACUUCAAAGGCCGGAAAGACUUUUGCAGCCCAGCAUGCAGAAGCAAUAUUCGUGGCAGGCCACAGCCCAUCAGUUGUUGCAAAGAAUGUGGCGGAGAUCCGUCAACUCGCUCAGACGGAGUUUGGACGGGACCCACAAAGCAUCAAGUUCCUUGCCUUGCUCUGUCCUGUGUUAGGUCGAACGGAAGAAGAGGCUCGUGCGAAAUUCAAAGAAUAUCGCAGCUAUGGGUCGAUUGAUGGUGCCUUGGCCCUCUUCGGGGGAUGGACUGGUAUUGAUCUCGACAAGUAUGGAGAUGAUGAGGAGCUUCGCCACGUAGAGAGUAAUGCCAUCAGAUCUGCCGUGGAAGGUUGGUCAAAAGCUACCCCGGAAGUCGCCAAAUGGACCAAGGGCACUGUCGGUGAGCACAUCACGGUUGGUGGACUGGGAGCCACUCCAGUUGGCACACCACAGCAGGUGGCCGAUAACAUGGAGAAGUGGGUUAAGGAGGCAGAUGUGGAUGGAUUCAAUCUGGCCUACGCCAUCAAGCCCGGCUCCUUUAAAGAUAUCAUCGAUCUCCUCAUUCCUGAGCUUCGCAAGAGAGGUCUGUUCUGGGAUGAGUACGCAGUUCAGAAAGGAACAUAUCGCGAGAAUUUGUACUCGCGACCGGGUCAAUCUGGGCCGCCAGCUGACCAUCCAGCUGCGAGGUAUCGCUGGCAGGCUGGAGUCGAUGCCGCGGACCAUCCGGUGCCAGAGAACUAA